CUGAGAAACUUUGACAUGUUCUUUAUUUCCUUUAUACCACAGCUGUCACAUACCAACUUCUCCAACAACAAUGACUUCCGCUCAUUUCUUCAGUCACUGUGUGCCACCUUCAAGGAGUUCAAGAUGCACGAACAGAUUGAAAACGAGUAUAUCAUCGGCCUGUUGCAACAGCGCAGCUGCACUGUGUAUAAUGUGCACUCCGAUAACAAGCUCUCAGAGAUGUUGUCCCUGUUUGAGAAAGGACUGAAAAGCGUUAAGAGCGAGUAUGAGCAGCUGAACUAUGCCCGGCAACUGAAAGAGCGACUGGAGGCAUUCACACAGGACUUCUUACCCCACAUGAAGGAGGAGGAAGAGGUGUUCCAGCCCAUGCUGAUGCAGUACUUCACCUAUGAGGAGCUGAAAGAACUCAAGAAGCAGGUGAUGGCACAGCACUGUAGCCAGCAGCGAUGGGACUGUGCAGCAGAAGUGCUGAAGGGGCUCAGUCUGUGGAGCCAGGCAGAGGAGCUGCACAAGGCCUUCAAGUAUGCUGACCACGAGAAGACUGACAAACUAGAGAAAGAUCUGUGCUCCACCCACAUCUCCCAGCUACCUACAGAGAUCCUGCUGCAUCUGUUCCGCUACCUGGGUCCUGAGGACCUGUGUCACUGUGGCCAGGUGUCCUCAGCCUGGUCCGACCUGGCCAAGACCGGCUCUCUGUGGAGGCACCUCUACCCUGUACGCUGGGCCAGAGGGGAUCACUAUCGUGGCCCCCCAGCUGAUCUGAAUCAGGAACCGGAUGAGGAGUGGGUGAAGAGUCUGCAGGAUGAGGGCAAGGCCUACCAGGAGUGGGAUGAGGAUGCAGAUGUGGAUGAGUCUGAUGAGACUUGUGAAGACUCAUUGGCUAUAAGCUCAGCUCAGAGGGAGAAGAAGCUACUGAAUGAAAUGAUCCAGAACCUUCUGCCAGCUGUGGGUUCCUCUGUCAGGUCCAUCGUUCUGGCCUACAGCUCUACGGUCUCCAGUAAGAUGGUGCGUCAGAUCCUUAGUCUCUGUCCUAAUCUCACCCACCUGGACCUCACUCAGACUGAUGUCACAGACUCCGCCUUUGACAGUUGGUCAUCUCUGGGGGCAUGUCCAUCUCUUGAGCACCUGGACCUAUCCGGCUGUGAGAAGAUCACUGACCACACCCUGAAGAAGCUGUCCAUUUCUCAGAAACGAUCUGACCGGCAAGCCAAGCUUCUGAAGAGCCCGCCUCCCAUUAGUCUGCUGGACGAGCGGCUCCUCCAUUUGAUGGGGGGCAGCAGGCAGGCCCUGAUCGUCAAGCAGCGUACAGGGACACGGUGCAGCAGCCCCUCCAGGGUCUGGGUCCUGGACCCUUCGGAGCUGGCCGACAUCGAGGAUGCAGCAGAGUGGAACCGCCGCGGGGGAGUGUCUACCCCUGAGGGGCGAGGCUUUGUGGCGACGAAGCCAGGAGGUUCGUGUUGCUGCAGGAGGAGUAGGAGGCGGGGCCUCAGGACAAGCUAUAGCACCUCCUACUGGCAGCAGCAGUAUGGGCUUGGGGAGGCCUGCUGUGGCCAUUCAACCUGCUGCACUGGUGAGAUGGCCCUGAGGGCUUGUGGAGGGCUGCAGUGUUUGUCUUACACCACCAGGGGCAGUGCAGGGGCAGAGUUUUGGACUAAAUGCUCCUCUGGGGGCCAGCGGUGCCUGGAGCUUUACAACAGAACUGAUCAGUCAGACGCUCGACGCUCGCUGAGAUUCCUCAGCCUCUCUGGAUGUUAUCGGGUUACAGACCUGGGUUUGAGGGCGCUGUCUCAGCGUGGAGGUCUUCCUUUCCUGGAGCAUCUGAACCUGUCUGGAUGUCUCCUCAUCACUGAGGUUGGGCUACAGGAGCUGGUGUCAGCCUGUCCUGCCCUCAAUGAUGAACACUUCUACUACUGCGACAACAUCAACGCAACAACUGUCCCGGUAUAGGGACAACGAUCCAACAUUUUAAGAAAUUGAUUGUAAGUUCUGAAAGAUUAUUAGAAAUUACGCUGAAAAAUGUUUUUCCUCAAGAAAUUGUAUUUAAACAAAUCUAUAAAAAUGCUAUGCACAAAAAAUUAAAUUCCACAAGCCACCAGUUUGGGAAACAAGGCGUUAGAUGGUUUGAUGCCAGAUGAUGCAUGAUGGUGAUGCAGUUGGCUUGCUGCCUCUGUUAUCCUGCGCCUCUCUGUAGCAUGUAAUGUCAGGUCAUUUAAUUUUGGCUGUGGAUUGUAUUAAAGGUGCAAUAUGCAGAAAUCACUCUGCCAUUUCCUGGUUGCUCAGAUUCUAAUAGUUUGUCUAAUUUCAGUUUGUGACAAAACAAACAAUGUAUAGUGUAGAGAAUCAUUUUACCAUCUAAACCGCUGUGAAAUAUAUUUUCAAUAACAGAAAAUAUUGUAUUUUCAGCUGUUUUGAAGCUGGUGUACCAGUAUGUAUACACCUGUUCUGAAAGGCCCAGAGUCUGCAACAGCACUAAGCAAAGGGUACCAUCAAGCAAGUGGCAUCAUGAAGACCAAGGAGCUUUCCAAACUGGUCAGGGACAAAGUUGUGGAGAAGUACAGAUCAGGGUUAGGUUAAAAGAAAUAUCAGAAACUUUGAACAUCCCACGGAGCACCAUUUUAAAUCCAUUAUUAAAAAAUGGAUAUGGCACUACAACAAACCUGCCAAGAGAGGGCUGCCCACCAAAACUCACGGACCAGGCAAGGAGGGCAUUAAUCAAAGAGACCAAAGAUAACCCUGAAGGAGCUGCAAAGUUCCACAGCGGAGUUUGGAGUAUCUGUCCAUAGGACCAUUUUAAGCCGUACACUCCACAGAGCUGGGCUUUACGAAAGAGUGGCCAGAAAAAAGCCAUUGCUUAAAGAAAAAAAUAAGCGAAUAUGUUUGGUGUUCGCCAAAAAGCUUGUGGGAAACGCUAUGUCUGGCGCAAACCCAACACCCCUCAUCACCCAGAGAACACCAUGGUGGUGGCAGUAUCAUGCUGUGGGGAUGUUUUUCAUCGGCAGGGACUGGGAAACUGGUCAGAAUUGAAGGAAUGCUGGAUGCCGCUAAAUACAGGGAAACUCUUGAGGGAAACCUGUUUCAGUCUUUCAGAGAUUUGAGACUGGGACGGAGGUUCACCUUCCAGCAGGACAAUGACCCUAAUCAUACUGCUAAAGCAAAAAUUGAGUGGUGGGCCUAGUCAAAGCCCAGACCUCAUUCCAAUUAAGAAUCUGUGAUAUGACUUAAAGAUUGCUGUACACCAACAGAACCCAUCCAACUUGAAGGAGCUGGAGCAGUUUUGCCUUGAAGAAUGGGCAAAAAUCCGGGGUGACUCCGGGAGGCUGGCCUUCUAGGCGGAGUUGAUAAAAAGCCAUAUCUCAGACUGGACAAUAAAAAGAAAAGAUUAAGAUGGGCAAAAUAAUACACUGGACAGUGAAACUCUGCCUAGAAGGCCAGCAUCCCGGAGUUGCCUCUUCACUGUUGACGUUGAGACUAGUGUUUUGCGGGUACUAUUUAAUGAAGCUGCCAGUUGAGGACAUCUCAAACUAGACACACUCAUGUACUCGUCCUCUUGCUCAGUUGUGCACCGGGCACUCCCACUCUUUCUAUUCUGGUUAAAGCCUGUUUGCGCCGUUCUGUGAAGGGAGUAGUACAGAGUUGUACGAGAUCUACAGUUUCUUGGCAAUAUCUCACAUGGAAUAGCCUUCAUUUCUCAGAACAGGAAUAGACUGACAAGUUUCAGAAGAAAGUUAUUAGGUUUCUGGACAUUUUGAGCCUGUUAUCAAACCAUAAAUGCUGAUACUCAACUAGUCUAAAGAAGGCCAGUUUUAUUGCUUCUUCAGUUUUCAGCUGUGCUAAUAUAAUUGAAUGAAUGUGAUUCGAUAACCCUCUGUUAUAACAAUCAUACCUAAACUCACCUGGCUGUCCAGCACAUUUCCCAGUGUGAGUUCCUUAUGUAACAGUCCUGCUGAUCUUGUGAGGUGCAAGGUAAGUGGGCCUUCUUUAGCUAGCUAGUCGACGAAAUACAUUUACUGUUGAGUGUCAUAACUUAAUGUUUAACUCCAUUGUGUAAACAGUACCUUUUGAGAUCGUUUCUAAACCAGUCGGAAGAGUGGGCAGUAGCCCUACUUGGGAGGAGUUAAUAGGUGCAUUGGUUUUAACUUGACCAGGCCACUGGAAUUUGAGACCAUUCCAUUGUCCCUGAAGUGCAAACUCCGCCCAGCUGGUGCACCGGCAAGGUAAAACGAAUGGGCACAGCAGUACUAUGAGUGAGUCAUUGACUGUUCUGACUGUGGCCUCCCU